GGGGGCAUCAGCGCAACACAACACACAACAGCAACAACAAAACUCCCCGAAAUUCGAUCUCGUUCUGCCACCAACAAGCAGCAGCAGCAGCAGCAGCAAAUGUUGUCAAUCGAGAGCAAAGUGCAUGAAGAGCAAUAGAGUGUGUGGGAUCAAAAUAUAGUUUUACAACGCAUACAACAACGGUGCCGUACCAACGCGGUGACUCGAACGCGUUCGCUUUUUCUGUGUGAGGCUGUGUGGGCUGGUGUGGCUGUGGUUCCGUUUAUUCUGGCCGAGCAACAGGUUAGGCAGCAGCAGCAGGCGCAUUGAGGCAAACCCCCCUUUUCUGUGAAGCGAAAAGAGAGAAGAAAAAAAGAACGAUCGCGCAGCUGAAAGGGGUUGGAAAGAAAGUACGCGAUUUCCGCGACCAAUUUGUGAUGCAAGUGUCGUGCCAGUGGGUAACAAUGCAAUAGACAGUGGGGUGCAAAUUUCGAACCAACGUGUUCGUGUGCUUCGAUUCCGUCCACCCAAAAGGAUCGUGAGCCUCCCACAGAAAGCGUACUGAUCGUAUGAGGGGCAUAACGCGCAGAAGAUCACCUCUCCAGAUUGAUUUUGCGGAUGUUCUUGGGAAUAGAGCGUGAUCCUGGAAAGAGUGUUUUUCCUUAGCUAAAUCGCGAUCGGAAAAAGGAAACAAAUAAGUCUGUUUAACUUGAGUCAAUUUGCAAUCUUGAGGCGGAGGAAAAUCCCUUCCGUUGAACAUUAACGUAAAGCGAAGAAGGCUCCACCGAAAAGAAGGGAGAAGAACCAAGGAAGCAGAAGAACGAAACAGAGACAACCCUCCCUCCAGUCCCAGACCCCCCUCUUCUCCCCGCCCACCCGUGCGUCCCCUGGACGUCUUGUCCAAAUCGUCUUCCAACUUCUCAUCCGCCUGCUUUCUUCGCCUUCGCGUGGAGUCGUGCUGCUGGCGGACGUGUAAAAGCGAAACAGAGCUGCCCCGCGUAGUGUGAUCCAGCUGCCGUCGAACAAAGCGAGAGCAAGAAGGAGAAAGAAGGAGAAAGAUCGCCCCGGAAAAAAAACGAAGAAGACGCAAGGGGCAAACUCGCACCGCGCUCACUGUGACUCGAAAGCGAGAGCGAGAGCGAGAGGGAGAGAACGAUGAGAUGCUGAAAUGGUGUUGUGAAUGCUACUACACAAACAUUGGUGAAUUGUGAUUUAUUUCCAUUGAAGUGCAACAAAUUGCGUUCUGUGUUAAGAUUUACGGGCACAAAGUGCCAAAAAGGGACCAAAAGCGGCCAACCACAUCCAGGAAGCAAACGGCGUGAAAGCAAAGGCUGUUCGCGUUUUGACAGUUCACAGUUCUCUCGCGACAGGCUCCAACUCACCGCGUGAGACGUGAGUGGCUUGGGGGGCUUACUCACCACUCACUCACCACUCAGCGAGCCGUCGCGAUCGUCACUUUUCGCGUAUGUUUUGUUGAUUUGGGGGUCAGAAAAAACGGACAGAAGUUCCAAAAGGAAAAGGUGGACGCAUCCCCGUCAGUCCGUGUGAUCAUUUUCCGUGCCCGUGAAUUCAACUACAACGUGAUCAUUUGAUCGGUGCGCUUGGAGCAGGGACUCCCCUCGUCGUUGUUUGGUUUACUUCUUUCCUUUUUCUUUCUUUCGCCAACCGGGAGGGAUCGCGAUCCCACAAACGCUGUCACGCUGAAAAAGUUAGUGCAAACCCGUCUUAAGAUGAUCCGUGAUCCUGGCGGUACAAGCCCGAACGAGAAUCAAGAUUCUCCCCCUUCGCCCAAGUAUGAUCGGAUUCUGGGGCGGCCGCCACCCCCGGACGAUAUGGAAAUUCCGCUGGACAUGACCGUUCGGCGCAAGGACUCGUCCGAUGGGCAGGGAUCGCCGACGGGCGCGGAUCAGUCGCGGGACGAACCGAUCAAUCUAAACGUGCGCCCGAGCGUCAUUACGAAGGCACCGCCACCACCGAUAAAGAAGCGCAUUAGUCACAUGCACACCAACGGUGAGAUUGUGCUUAAAAGUAGCGUGAGGACAACGACCGCCACCACCGUCGAAUCGGCCCCGAUCGUGAACGUUUCCUCCACGUACUGUGAUGUGUCGAUCGAGGAACACUUCCGCCGUUCGCUCGGCCCUACGUACAGCUCGAUCUACGGCGACAAGCACCAGCAGCAGCAGCAGCAGCAAUCGUCUUUGAAUGUGUUGAACAACAACAUCAGCACGGGUGGGACGGGACCGCCAUCGUUUGUCCCCGAUUCGCCGGUGCAUCACGUGCCACCGCAGAAGGUGCACCCACUGCCGCUUCCGCUGCUGUUGCAAAAACACAGCAUGGACACGGGCGAUUCGUUACCACUGACUGUCACCGGUCCCCCUGGUGGUGGCGGUGGGAUGCGAAACCACAGCAGCAGCAGCAUCAGCUCCAGCUCGUCCGUCAGCUCGAACAGCAGCAUAUCGAGCAGCUUGAGCAAUACCAGCGGCAUCAGCAGCGGCGGCAGCAGCAGCAACAACAACAACAACAACAACAACAACAAUAACGCCAACCACAUCAGUAUCAGACCGCCGCUCGGUGCGGGGAUACGUGUGGUGGCGCCCGAAACGAUCGAGCUGAAGCUGUCGAGCGAUCCGGCCCCGCCGGUACCGCUCGUGCCGGCCACCGUCAUGCCACCGUCGCCCGGUGCUCCCUCGUCGGCGGCCAGCGUAGCGGCCAUCUCGCUCACCUCACCGAAACACUUGCACCAGCAGCAGCCCCCGCCGGCCAUCUCGCCGGCCUCACUCACCACCACGAUGUCGCUGUCAUCCUCCUCGCCGGCCUCAUCGCUGGCAUCAUCACCUGCGCCGUUCCAUGCAACGCUGCAGCAGCAGCAGCAGCAACACCAACAAAAGAGGCCCGACUCUGGCGAAGAGGUUGACGAUCAUUUCGCGAAAGCGCUCGGCGAAACGUGGAAGAAGAUCCAGGAAAGCAAUAUGAAUUUGUGAGCAGACGGCGGCGGUACGCCGUACGAAGCUGCGGGAGACAAAGCUCUCGGCCGCACUGAAUUUGUUUGUUAAUGCGAAAGCUGUGAAAGAGGGGUCAUCUGUCUGACCUGCCUGCCGGACCCGGCCCGACCUGGCCAUUUGAGGCCAUCUCUCGUACAUUUGUUUCCUUUUUUCCCCGCACACAUUAUUUUUGGUAUCGUGUAGUUCUCGCCCGGUGUUUUUUAGCAACUAAUGUUAAGUUCCUUUCUUGCAAAAACGGUGAGAAAAUCGUUUUAAUUUGUGAUCGAUCGUUUCGGCAGCCAGAUUGCUUAUUUAGGGUGCUGUUUUUGCGCUACAUGUGUUGAUGGGCCCUCCCUGGUGGGAACGGGAAAGAUGUUUUUAAAAGUGCUAAAUCCAUCCAUCUUUCCCUCCCCUGUUUUGUUCAACUCAGCUGGGCAUCGUGCACAAAAGCGAAACAUCAGCAUGGAAAUAGGGAAAUAAGGAGUAUGUUAGACAGAAGAGGAAUAAGUUCGGAUAAUCGACCGCUUCCGUGCUGUAUAUUUAAUAGUUUGACUAUUUUCUUCACCAUUUCCCCCGUUUUUUUUUACAUUUACCCUGCUGAGGGUAGUUUGCUGCUCCCAAAACACACACAUACACGCACAUGCAUACACAUUUCAUUGACUUGUUUAAAACGAGUGCAUUUACUAAUUCCUUGUUGUUUUGUUUUUUUUUUUAAUUAAAUGUAUCAUUUGAACGGAGGGAACAGAUCCACAUCGGCGGUGUGGCGUCCUUACUUUACUGUUAUUAUAAUAUUUUAACUAAAUCAAGUUUAAAAACUAUCAAACAUAAAGGGGAAGAAAUAGUUCAGUUCAGAGCGUAAAGGUAGUAAGGUGUGAAAUAUUACAAAACACAGAGUCCCCCUAUGUGAGGCUAUGGGGCUUUUGUAAAAGAAAUGUAUCGCCAUCAAGCGUAUUGUUUUGCGUAUUAGUGCUCUUGCUCCAAAUAGUGGGGGAAGCUAAAUCUAUAAUCAAAUGUACUGCAUCUUCCACUAACGCGCGUGCUGUUGUAACCCUUCUAAGCAAACCUGCAUCUUUGUUGUGGCUUCGCCCGACGUUGGCUGAAGAAAGUGAGUUUAGAUUGUAAUUUAAAUUGCAUCUAAACAGAUUUGUUGUGUGUAAGGAGAAGGCACCGUUAGGGCAAGGAGAGAAGCAAAAAAGCAAUUGCCUUCUUUUUUUGUUUGAAACAAAUGUUAAUCCAGUUUACAACUAACCAGUAGUACACACCGUAAUUGUUCCUGUUCCGCCAGCAAAGGCGCUCAAAAAGAAAAGUAAUCCAACACGACACGACACACACGUAGUUCGUUUGCUGUAGUGUAUUCUCAUUAACUCGUAAGGUCCGUAGCCAAUACUGGGCGGUUUAACUGUACCGAAAGAUUGUUGAAGGCAGUGAAGCUACGAUUGAUCGUAAUUCUCGUGCGGCUCGAAGUGAUAUAGCAAACUAUGAUGAAAACGAACCGGAUGUGUCAAAGCGAAUUGUUUUGCAGCUUCGCGUUGGUGUUUUUUUUUUAAUUCCUUUAUCCUUCGAUUCAGAAACCCUUUAAGCGCAUAGGUUGUAGGGUUUAUACUAAUCUUGAUAAUCGUGUACUGCCACAAGUGCGGCUCACAAGUCCUAUAGAAUGUAGUUUGAAGAAGAAAAGAAAAACAGGAAGCGAUCUCCAAAACCUCUUCCUUUCGUACUUGUAUGUGUGAGUGUGUGCGUGUGUUUAUAGUAGUGUAGUGUAAUAAUGUGUGUGUGUAAUGUACUAAGGACCACAUGUAUUCCCUCAAUAUCCGGCCCCCGACGUGCUUUGCUUUGCUCUGUCUGAUUGUUAUUUAAGUUUAGUUGUUCACGUUGUCGUUCCUUCGUCGGGUACUGAUUUCGAAUGGUGCUAGAACGAUUUCAUAUGCCAUCUAAGCACCGAUAGGAAGCCAGUGCCCGUCAGGAUUAUGCCCCUGCCCCGCUAUACGCUCGCUAGGGAAUGUUGCUAGCCAGAAGUGCAUCCCCAAGAGAGGAGUGCAUCCCCAAGAGGAAUGUAACUUCAAAGUGCACUUGUUGAUGAUGUAUAUUAUGCAAGUACAGAUUUGUUCUAUAAGAACGCACACAUACACUCGCAAGAAGUGUGUCCACGAGAAGGAGUUUUAAUAGCACCGAACACACACACACGCACACACACACACAUACACUUUUUUUUAAAUUGUAAUGUUUAAGCGAAGGAGAAGCUAGAUGUUUGUUUUAAUCGAGAAAAAAACUCAAUCCCCUCCAGAGAAAAGCAAUGAAAUUGAAAAAAAAUCAAAAUUUUUAUACGAGUUCCACACACACAACGGCACACACGUGUUCGUGGUGGAACAAAACGGAAAUGUUUUUUUUUAACUAUAUUUAGCCAUGUAAGUCAAACUGAAAUCAAACUAUGUAACGUUAUGAAAUUAUUAAGCCCAUUUACGAGCGCAGAUGUUUGUGUUUAGAGACUGCUAGGAGAUGAUCUAGGAUCUAGGCGAGCAGGGAAGGCUCUCUCGAUCGAGCAGUAAAGGAGAGGCAAAACGCUAAACACGAUGAUACAUAUUUUGUGAUAAAGUAUAAAGUGUACACUAACGGCAAA